GAGCUGAGAAGCAUCUAGACGUCCUUGAUCUUUUACUCUGUUUGUUUCCGUUGCUCAAACCACUUUCUCAUCUUUAAGAUAUAAUAUGGCACCACGAGUAUUUCCUCUUUUGAAAAUCAGUAUUCUUGGUAUUCUUGUUCUUAUUCUGCGAUUUACCGUCCUCCGAGAAAGUGCUUACAAGCUCGAGCUUAGAACCCCGAUUGUCUCCAUCAGGCUCUCUCUUGACAGGUGGCAGUUCUUCACAUUCAGAAUCGAGCACCCAGACCCAAUCAAUAGAGCGAAAAUUCAUUUUUACGGGAUAAAAGUUGGUCUUUUAAGGCUCCAUGUCGAAGUCACCCAUUUCACUAGAGAAAAUCUGGGAGGGCAAUCAAUAACAGCCCUUUCGACGGCGGCGAUCACCCUAAAUUAGGAUUCUAUAGCGAUUUUGUUUCUGGGCCUGGCUAUAUUUCUUAUUAUUCUUCAACCCAUCGAGUAUUCAAGAACGGCGUCACACUUUGGUCUUUUUGCCAAGUUUCGUAUUCAAAAUGGGCAAUCUAUCAUAAAUCA